AUGAUGGGUAGGGGUCCCGAUGGAGGUUGCGGCUCCGGCGAGAGGCCUUGCCGCCUUAUUUGUAGAGUUACUGCGCCAAACUCUCUGGCCGCUGCCGAACCUGAGGUACCCACCACAAUGGAAAAGAAGACAGUUCAGUCGCUGGACGUUGAUUUCUUCUCACAGGCACGUAAAGCGUUGUGCGAGCGGUCACCGUUUGAUGUUCCUGAAGAACUUCCUGGUUCGGUUAGCUCCACUUCGACUACUUUGCCUAGUGGACUGGCCAGUUUGUUGAUGCAUUCUGCAAGCAGGAAAAAGAACAAGAAGUCACAUCACAGCAGUGGUAAGAAGUCAUCCCGGGCAGGUGAACGUGCUAAAGGAGGGAACAUUUGGGUUGAGACUGGCCAUUACUUUAGGGAUUUGCGACUGACAGAUGUUGAUGCUUUGUUUGAGCUAUGUUCUUCUCUUAGGUCCCUAGAUGCUAGAGGUUGUUUUUCACUUCCAAACAUUGGAAAUGGGACAAAAGAGAGAUUUGAGUCCUGGUCUAACCCAGACAAUCCUGAUACUGAUCUGAAUGCCUGGAUGGAGAACCGAACUGGGAUGGUUUCAGAAAGUGAGUUGCAACAAGAAGGGCAGCAGCAGCGUAUGGAAAUUGAUAGGCUGGCAAUUCAAAUUGAUGCGACUGAGCUUUUGCCUCCUGCAGACAGUAGCUACGUCUCCCCUUCAUAUUUUUCUGGCGGCUUAGGUUGGGUUUUGGGCUGUAGGAACAGAAACUUGUUGACUUCAGAACGUCCGGCCAAGAAGCGGAAGCUGUUAAGUGGUGAUUCUGGGCUGGACAAGGUUUUGAUUGGUUUACCUUGUGAAGGCAACUCUUUAAUAUGUGAUUUCUGCUGCAAGGGCGACUUGUUGAAUGGUUUGAAUAAAUUAGUCGUUUGCUUCUAUUGCCAUACUGCUGUGCAUAGUAAAUGUUAUGGUGUGCAAGGUGAUGAAGGCAGCCCUUGGUUUUGUACUAGAUGUAAGCAGAACAUCGAUGAUAAAGAUAUGGAGAAGAAACCAUGUGUUCUUUGCCCGAAGCAGGGCGGUGCCUCUAAACCAGUUGGUGACCAGAAUGGUAGUUCCAAAGCAGAGUUUGUGCAUUUGUUUUGUUCUAUUUGGAUGCCUGAGGUUUAUGUGGAGGAUCUGGCCAAGAUGGAGCCAAUUAUGAAUGUUUCCGGCAUCAAGGAUACACAUAAGAAAUUAGUCUGUAAUGUGUGCAAGGUGAAAUGUGGUGCAUGUGUUCGGUGCAGUCAUGGAACUUGUAGACUUGCUUUCCAUCCUAUAUGUGCAAGGGAGGCAAGACAUAGGAUAGAGGUUUGGGGAAACUAUGGGCAUGAUAGUGUUGAAUUGCGUGCCUUUUGCUCCAAGCACUCUGGGAUUCUUGAUGGCAAAGACAAUUUUCAAGCUGGAGAAGCUUCUUUGAUUCUAAAAAGGGGCUCUGGUGUUAACAAUAGUUUGGCCAAGCUGUCUCCAAAUAAGCAUCACACGAUCAGUGAAAAUGGAGAUAAAUCUGGAGACUUUGAUCAAGAUGGCCUUGGGUCUUUUGUUUCAAAAGAAAACGUGGAACUUUUAUCAGAUGGGGAUACAUUCCAGAGGAGUAAUCUGUUCACGUCCCAGAGACCUGUUAUUGAGGAUCCUAGCUCAUCAGGCUCUUUAAGUCUUGCCCUUGUGAUGACCAAGUUAAUUCAUCUUGGAGUAAUCAACGGGAAAGAUGUGGCGACAGAGCUGGGCUGCUCACCUGAUUCCUUAACUGCAAUACUUGCGGAAGACAGAUUAGUCCCUGAAGUUUGGUGCAAAAUAGUCAAAUGGCUUAGUAAUCAUACUUGCAUGGGUGCCUCCCUAAAGAAUUUAAAAGUUAAGCUUAAGUCUGCAAUGCUAUCCACGUCUGAGGAGACUUGCGAUUUUUCUGAUGUCAUGAUAGAGCAACCGUCUGACAUGACAGGUACUGUAGCUAUAAAGUCAGUUCCUCCAUGGAGAAAAACAAAAAACAACAUUAAGUUUCACAAGAAUGAUGAAACGCGUUGCUUUUCCGAGGACAUGGUGGCUGAAAAUGGUAUGGGGACUGACUUAAGAGUAGAACAGCUGGUCAAUGAAGAACCAGAAGAUGCAAACAAAGCAUCUACUUCCAUUAGAUUGUUAAAUGAUAGUGUCAGUGAGUUGCAAGCACCAUAUUCGCCCGAACAUGAAGGCAGCAUGAGAGAUUUCUCAGAGUGUGCUUCUUUAAGAAAGGUUGAGUCAACAGAAAGAGAAGGUUCUGGUAUGGCACUAAAGCAGAAGGAAAUUCUGGUGGAGUCUGAUGUUGAUGCACUUCUCCCUGAUCUGAUGAAAAUGGAUGCAUCUUCCAGCACUUAUAUUCACCCUAGUAUCCAUCAGGAACUAAUAAGACUGCACGUAAGAGUGCCCUUCAAUGGUGGAACUAGUGACUGUGAAGGAUUCAAGGAGGUAGAAAUAUCUGGUUUGGAGGCUUCUGCAAAUGUAAACGGUUUCUGUAAUCAUAAGAGCAAAUAUGCAGAGUGCAAUGACAAUGUUUAUGACCCCAAUGGAGGCAGUUCUGAGCAGCUACUUAAGGAUGCUAAAUUGAGAGUUCUGUCUCCAGCAGAUGAAGUUGAAGGAGAAAUAAUUUAUUUUCAGCAUAAGCUGCUCAGUACUGCAGCUCAGAGGAAGAACAUGACGGGAAAUUUGGUUUGUAAUCUAUCUAAGAGCAUACCGAACGAGAUUGAUGCUUCAAGGAAGCAAACAUGGGACUCGGUGCUUGUUAAUCAGUACAUAUUUGAACUCAGGGAAGCAAAGAAACGGGGAAGGAAGGAGAAGAAGCAUAAAGAAGCUCAAGCUAUUCUUGCUGCUGCAACUGCUGCUGCAGCUGCUUCGUCCAGAACUUCUUUCCUUAGGAAAGAUGCUUUUGAUGAGUGCACAAUUAAUGAGAAGCUCAAUGUUUCCAGUGGGAGGCCUGGCUUAUCGUCUCAGUCAAUUCCUUGUCCAGAAGGAACACUAUCAAGGGUGGCACUUCCAAGGAUCUCAUCUGACAAAUAUUCUGAUUUUGUUCAGUCGGUUCCUAAAGUUUCCAAAGAGCAUCCUAGAUCAUGUGAUAUUUGUAGGCGGCCUGAGACAAUACUGAACUGUAUCGUAGUGUGUUCCAGUUGUAAGGUUGCAGUUCAUCUGGAUUGUUAUCGCAAUGUCAAAGAAUCUCCAGGUCCAUGGCACUGUGAAUUAUGUGAAGACUUGUUAUCAUCCCGGAGGUCUGGAGGUCAUUCUUUAAAUUUCUGGGAAAAGCCUUAUUUUGUUGCUGAUUGUGGUUUAUGUGGCGGUGCAACUGGGGCUUUCCGGAAAUGCAUCAAUGGUCAGUGGGUCCAUGCCUUCUGUGCAGAGUGGUUGCUUCAGUCAGUGUUCAGAAGGGGUCAAGUAAAUCUUGUUCAAGGAAUGGAAGAUCUCCUAAAACGGCCUGAUAUCUGCUGCGUGUGCCGUCGUAAACAUGGUGCUUGUUUACGGUGUAGCUAUGGGCAUUGUCAGACUACAUUUCAUCCCUCUUGUGCAAGAAGUGUGGGUUUUUAUAUGAAUGUCAAGUUCCUCAGUGGCAAGUUUCAGCACAAGGCUUACUGUCAGCAGCAUAGUUUGGAGCAGAGAUUGAAGAGGCAUGGCGUUGAUGAGUUAAAGAGCAUCAAACAAAUCAGGGUUGAAUUGGAGAGGUUGCGCCUUCUAUGUGAAAGAAUUAUCAAACGUGAGAAGUUAAAGCGGGAUUUGGUGAUCUGCUCUCAUAGCAUACUUGCCUCCAAAAGGGACCAUACGGCUCAUUCUGCUCUUGUCCAAAACCCUUUUUUCCAUCCUGAUGCUAGUUCAGAGUCAGCAACCACAUCCCUCAAGGGAAACACGACAGAUGGUUAUAGUGAUGCCGCAAUUCAGAGAUCGGAUGAAAUCACAGUGGACAGUGCUGCCUCUGUCAAGACACGGCUCAAGGUCACCAUGUCUACUGAGACCAAGCAGAAUACAGAUGAGAACAGUCUUACUUCCCAACAUACACUCAACAGCAAUAGACCAAUACCGAGGCUGCAAUUUGCUGGGAAGCAAAUCCCCAGAAGAUCUGGUCUCCAUGUUCGUAGUCUAUUAGAUGAAGUAGACUCGACUUCAAGAUCAAGGAAGCGUCUAGAAACAUUGCAGAAGGAGUUGGUGAUGACUUCUGAUCAAGCAAGCAUGAGGAAUCAGCAGUUACCCAAAGGUUAUUUUUACAUUCCAGUAGAUUGCCUUCCAAAGGAGAAGCAAACAACAAUCGACGACCAGGAAGCAUCAUGUCCUGGUGGACCAUUGCUACCGUGA